GGCAUUUAGCUAUAUAUUCCUUCUCCACUCCUUGAGAAUUAGAUUCUGAAAUGUUUCAGAUAAAGGAAUUUUUUUUCUUUACCAUUUAAUAAUUAGAACUAUUUCAGAUUUUAGUUGAAAAACUCCCAUUAUUCUUUCCUGCUAAUUUUCAGCUGGAUUUUUUUUUCCUGUCUUUUGAAAUACAAAAGGCUGGAUCUAUCCAUUGAUGCUUUCUUAGUCUGCUACUUGUAUGGAUUCUGACUCUAUCUUUUCCAUUCUAACUUCAAAAUUUCUACUUCUCAAGACUCAAGAAGAAACCUUUCAUGGCUAAAUUUGACUCAUUAUUAUUCUCUUGUGGGUCUAAUAUAGAUUUCAAUUUGCAUGUUGAUUGUUGAAAAAAACCCAUUAAAAACGAACAGAUCUUUUCGAUUUGUUAUCAAUUUGUGAUGGCAGAGGAUCAAGAUUCUUCCGAAAAUUUAUCUACCCAACAUUUGAAGGUAGUUAUAGAAGAUGAAGAAGAGGAAGAAGAUGAGUUUUGUAGCUGUUGUGGGGAGGAUCAAAAUCUAGAUAUUGAGGGUAAAGAAAGGGAUGAAUUGGAUUUCUGGGAUGAUUCAACUGUUAAGAUGUUUUUUAAAGGAGUUUCUGUUGAUGGGAUUGGAGAAUCUGUUUCUGGGUUUUCUGGAAUUGGGGUUGUUAUUCAAGGUUCAAACACUAUUUCUGUAACCCUUGUUCAGAAAAGACUUGAUUUUUAUGUUGAAUCUUCAGUUGUUCAGUAUUUGGCUUUAAUGGAAGGUUUGCUUGAGGUUUUAAAGAACAAUGUAAACAUUAAACGUGUUGUUGCUUUCACUGAUUCUAAACUUUUCUAUCAACAGUUCAUGGUUAAGGAGAGCUUUGAUAAGCCUCUCUUGGUAGCGUUAAGGGAGAGGGUUCUUGAACUUGCGGGUCAGUUCGAUACUUUUUGUUUGAAGCUUGUCCUGAGUGUUGAAAUGGAGAGGCCUUUAAAAUUGGCUCAGGUGGCUAUUGGUUUAGUCGCUUUACACGAGGAGAAUCACGGUCCACUUCAAAAUUGUUCAAUAUGUUGUGAUGACAAACCACCGUCAAUGAUGCUCGUUUUGAGAUGUUCUCACAAGUUUUGCUCCCAAUGUCUCAAGACCUAUGCUAAUGGAGAGGUAGAGGCCGGUCAAGUUCCUAUUAAAUGCCCUCAAUUGAGAUGCAACUAUUUGCUCUCAACUUCCGAGUGUAAAUUAUUUCUUCCCAUUAUCUCCUACGAUGUCCUGGAGAAAGCGAUUGAAGAACUUAAUGUGCUUAGUACAGAAAAUAUCUACUGCCCUCAUAACUGUAUGUCCCUAAUUUAUCCUCGGGAAUACUUAUCUGCUGAGGCGAGUUUCUCGUACGAAUCCAACAUUGACUAUCCUGCUUAUAUGAGAACUAUCACCAGGAAUUGCAGGGUUCCUUGGCAUAAUUCAUCGAGUUCCAGGGAGUAUCAGAAUCUUCCGCUGAACGAGAGAGAUUCAUCAGAUCUUACAUUGCAUUGUUUGGCACAGGAUUGGAGAUGGAGCCGUUGCCAACUAUGCCGGAAUACGAUCAACGUGGCUCAAGGUUCUCACCACUUGACCUGCAGGGAUGGCCAUGAGUUCUGUUAUUCCUGCGGCGCUGAAUACCAAGACGGGCAACAAACAUGUCAAUGCAAUUUCCGGGAUGAAGUUCAGUCCGAAGGUUCCGUGAGCUCAACCACUCCAGAGGCUGACGAGUGGUUGCAGAACUCAUUCGACCCAUUUCCGAUGAUCCUAGAUGCCUACUCCGAUCAAGAGCGUUCACAACUGGCUGUCAUCCAGAGAUUUCUUGCUGGCUUCAGCCUUACGGAUCAUCAGUCGAGCCAGUCGCCUCCACCUUGUACAGAUUCCUACGCUGAUGCUAUGAAAGAUCUUCAUCAGCUUCCUUGGCUGGAGAGAUUUGUUUCUGUGAUAAGUGAUAACUAUGAUGACUACAUUCAUUGAUAUCGGGAUUAUAUUGAAUGAUUCCACUACGCUAGGGAAUUUGUCCAUCUCGGAUUUUCUUCUCUUCAAAUUGUUCGUUGCGCUAUAAUUGUAACUAGUUUCUAACCCGGGCAAUGCCAUUGCUAGGGAUAACGUCUUGGUAUUUUAAUAUUAUUAUUUUAACUAACUCGAAUAACUUGAAGGUGAUCGAAGUCGAAUGGAAUUAAAGCGAAUGGUAACUCAAACACGAAUGUGCUAGUUAUCAUUUUAA